AUGAGUGACCUUGAGGACGAAAUUCUCGAGCUUGCGGGGGAUGGUGAGGAAGAAAAGUUUCAACUAGCCACUACACUCGAAAAUACGAGUAAUAGUGCUUCUUCGGUUGCUCACGAAGAGAAAAGAAGGUCGCAGUCGCCAAAACGUCGCGGAGGUUAUUCAGAUGGGGAAGUAAAUGACGAGAUACAGGACGGAACUGACGAGUAUGGACCUGAUAUGUAUCGUGAUGAGGAUGAUAGGGACAGGCUAGAAAACUUGAACGAGUUGGAGCGUGAGAAGAUCUUAUCGGAAAGAGCUGAAAAAAGACAACAUAAUAAGGAUUUGGAAGCUGUUCAUCUUCUAUUUAAUCCAGAUGACGCCGGUUCGACUAGAAGGUCUACAAGAACUAAGGGAACCAAAAAGAAGGGAAAAGAUCUUGAAGAACUUAAGCGUAGACGAGCGCAAAAGGGUCAGCGAACGCAAACAGAUUCACAGAGUCCAGAGCCUGGUGAACAUAUCUCGUCUGGUGAAGAAGAUGAAACCUACAAUAGCAAUGGAGAAAAGAACAAGCAAGAUCCUGAUGAAAUCAGGCUUGAGGAUAUUAAAAGCAUACAGUUGACUCGUCGUCAACUUAGCGAUUGGAUGUUUGCACCUCAUUUUGAAAAGACUGUAGUUGGCUGUUUUGUUCGUUUACAUAUUGGAGUCAUCGAGGGAAAACAAAUAUAUCGAAUGUGUGAAAUUGAAGCUGUUGAAGAAAUUAAUUCAACAUAUUAUGUGGAUAAAGCAAUAACUAAUCAAGUGCUACGUCUUAGACAUGGUGACGCGAUAAAAGUUUGGCAUAUGCAUGUUAUAUCCAAUAGCGAAUUUGACGCGUCUGAAUUCGAGCGUUGGAUAAAGACUAUGAAAACUCAGAAUCUCGAUUUACCGACAAAGGAAACGAUUGAACGAAAGAGAGAUGAUAUAAAAUUCGCCACGAGUUAUGUUCUUUCCGAGCAAGACGUGGAGGCAAUGGUUAGAAACAAACAGGCACUGCGCGGUGGCGAACCUAUUGAUUUGUUAACUCAAAAGACCACAUUGAUUACGCAAAAAAAUCUAGCCGAAGCGCAAGGAAAUUUUAAGGAGGCACAAGACUGUGCUAUGAGACUUACUGAGAUAGAUAGGAUAAUUGCUGGAACGUCACGUGACACAAAACAGGAUACAUGGGCCCGUGUUAAUGAAAGAAAUCGGCUAAAGGAUCUAGAAGAUUCUCGACUGGCGGAAGAACUAGCUAGACAAAAGAAGAAAGCUGAAAUUGUUCCGAGAAAAUCGAUCAAGACUACAGCAUUGGAUUCACCUACUCGCAAAGAAUUACUCGGAGAAAGAUCUAAUGGAUACGCAAAAGUUGCAAAUGCACCUUUUACCAAAUAUGAAGCGUUGAUAUAUCAAGCAGAGGUUGAACUCAAGCUUCCCCCAGAUCCCAUCAUGGAUUACGAUCCAUUACUUGAAGCCGAAUAUGAAGACAGAUAUACUCAACUUAGUGUUGAUAAAUCAAUUUCAUUGAUACGGGGUUUACAGCAGCCGUCUCCUAUGCAGCAACAACCUGAUACUGCUCAACCACAACAACUAACGCCACCAUCACAUGAAGAAACUAAUAAUGCUCGUUAUCAUCGCGCUCAGGCACCAUCAUGGAACAACGAAGCGUCUAAAGGUCCUAAAUCAUACCUAUUUCAUAAAGAUCUACAUUACG